GGAAUCUGUUGGCUUUCUUCGUAAUUUUCUGGUGUAGAUCAUUGCGUUUGCGACCGUAUAGUGAACAUCAAAUUUUUUGUUGACUGCCUACAAUCGGGACGGGCACGACCAGCACCAACACCAUACCACUUGCUCGCACGUUGUACGCAGAUUCAGUUGCAAAACGUCCUUGUGAGAAGCACACCACAUCACAACUAUCCCCAAGAUGCUCGCCUACCCCAAAGAGCCCGGAAAACGCAUUGUGACCCAACACGUGCUUGCUGCCGAAAACGGGUUGUAUGGCGGCAAUGGCAGCGGACCAGUGCCGGUCGACCACAGAGGCCUUUUGGUGUUAGGCGACGACAUACAGAACACGAGAGGCAGCGUAUUUUUGUUUGUUUUUAUGACAUGCUGUUAGUUCUGUGAUAGCAUCACAAAUUGAUGAACAUGUACCAAUUGCGUGUGAACAUAGCAUGCCAAGCUAAAUGAACAACUUCAUCCCGAAUUAUAGUCUCUAAAUUUUUCAAAACAAAAACAGCUCAACGAGCAGCCACCGCACCUGCAAAACGGGCUUGGUUUGGAGAACCCGAGGUCGCCACGGGGUAGCGGUAGUUCACCGCGAAACAACGGUGCAUCACAGACUAGUACCGGAACAGAAAACGUCCAGCACUACUUUGCAAGCGAACCAGGAAUGAUGCAACAUAACGGCUCCGGCACCAGCCGGUCUUCCGUGGUCAAUUCCACGGUGAGGAUAAAAGGCUUCAGUAGUCGGAAUAGACCAGAGGGCGCAGCAGCUUCCCCUCCAGCAGCGGGAGUGCCGAGUAAAAAUUCCGAAAUUAUUCCGAUCAUCGACUCGCAGCGGUUUGCAGACCGGUCCGGCGGCGUGGUUUUAGGCGGAACGACGGUUUUGCAGAAGAAUUUGAGCGACAGGAUGGCGGAAUUUUCACCCCGAGCAAAUAACGGAAAUAACUCUAAGAACUCCAGCAACGGAUCCAGCUCCCACCACAGUUACAACCACAUCCUUUCGGGCUCUCGCACGAAUCACGCAAACAACAUCGCCUGCACCUACGGCGGCCACGCAACAGCAUCUGGUGCCGUGCAGGGAAACAACAAUUUUUACCCCCACGGGAAAGUCAAUCCGAACGUCAUGCCGAACGCGAACGCAGCGCAGUUACGGAAGCAGAACUACCGAGGGAGGGGAGUGGCUGGGUGUUUGGGGGUGCAGUGGCCGGGACACAGUCCGACGGAUGAAGAUUUGAUAGGGGACGAGAAGGAGCUGCAUGGUAUACAGAGAUACAUACGAUACAAUACCAGUUCUAGUACCUCGUUUUUUUCAUCAAAUGCUGGUGUUUUCGCACGAUCAACAGUAAUUGUCAUGCGUACCUACAUGAAUAUGAAAGAAAUUCAAUCGGACAACAUUGUCAGAAAUCAACUUCACCGGCAUGCGGAGGAAGACGUUAGACCAGAUAGACAAGUCCGGCACCUACGGUAGGUCGAACGCGAAAUCCGCGGAUGGCAUGUACAAUAGCAACGGAGAAUUGGUACCGGUUUCGCCGGUGAAGCGGGAGAAGCAGGGGAAGAUGCAGGGGUCGGAUGUCUUGAACUACAAGGUCGUGUUGCAAAAUAGUGGACAAGAACCAGGUGCAGGAGGCGGGGAUGUUGACCAGAGUUCACAACUACAGUUUCAAACCAACCACCAAGACAUCCACGGAAAAUGGGAUUCAACCUGCAUGUAUCCUGUGCAAAAGUAUCGUACUCGUACUGCAAUCAUGCAUUACAAAUUUUUUUCUCAAGGUAAAUCCGCAUUACAAAUUUUAUUUCUCAUGCUGAGGGAAUUUGUCAUGCAUUUAUACGAGUGCGAUACUUUUGCAGUUCAUAGCAUGGAGGGCCAGUGGCCGGAGGUGGAGACAAAUCAGGACGUGUUGAACCAGAGGGGGUACCGGCCUGGAGAAAUCGUGAUUGGGAAACCGGCGCCGCAAUUCAUGUAUUGCUAAUAUGUGCAUUUUUCUAUUUGGAAUUUGAAACUUGUCGUUGUCAUGCACAUCCGACCUAGAACGCAUGUUUACGUGUGGGGGAGUGAAGUAGAUCUGUGUUGCGGAGCUCGUAGCACAAACACGUGAUUUUGCAAAAACCUAAAACAGGCGCGGCAAGGAGCAAGAGGACCACCGUGCGUACUCCGGGGGGAGCAUAACGCAGCAAGGCACACAAAAGAUGCCGGAAGCAACGCUGUACCGGGAAUUGUUCAAAGCGCGGGAUACCAGCAGCUUAAACUUGGUGGGGACGUUUAAGUGAAGGAUAUUCAUAUUUGCGGGUGGAAUCACAAUCAACAAGGCGGUGAAGAUUGGUGCUGUGGUGGAAUUUUUCUUGUACUGUAGAGCAGAAUCAACACCAGGAUAAUCAUGUAGAAGACAGAGUUGCAGAUGCUAGGUUUCCAAACGCAAAGAUGCCAUCCUGUACAAAGCGAUGAAAACAAAUUAUACCAAAAUUGAAUCCUCCCUGUCCCGAGGUCAAAAUAGUAGCGUGAUUAUACUUCUGUACAAUUUAUUUUCGUUCUUUAUCUUUUUCACUAAACCUAAAGCCAGAGCCAUUCCAUUAUAGGUCGUCAAUUAACAAAAAGCUGUAGCCGCUGCACAGCAAAGGCCCGCACAGUUAUAGUGCGGAGAAAUCAGUUUUGGUAGGUAAAUAAGGGUCAACGCGGAGUGUCACGAUUGAAUUUUGUACAAAAUGAAAGCCAAGAAGAACAACGGCGCAAGCAAAUGUAAGCAGUAAAUUUGAGACUCACAUCGAAGUUGGAAUAGCACCAAAGGGCGACGUUUUACG